AUGGACGUGGAUCGAGCUGCGAGGACGCGAGGACGGGGCGCGGGGGGAGAUUUUGACGCGGUGGUGGACGACGGUGAGGGUGCGCUGCCGUCGUUCGCGGCGAGGCGAGGCGCGGGAGGGCGUCGGGAAGUCGGCGGGGCGAAGCGCGCGUUCGCGUUGACCGUGCGGUUGGAAUCGUUUGAACGCGCGGCGCGCGGCGAGGCGUUUGACUUUGACGCCGCCGUCGCGGCGAGCGCUUGCGCGGACGAUGCGUUGGCCGAUGCGCUCGGUAUCGAUCGCGCUCGGUCGGAGUGCUUGGUGCGCACCGCGCCGAGCGCGCGACCGGCGUCGCGACCGGGAGACGUCGUCGUGUUUCCGAGCGGGAAGGAUUCGGUCGAUUUCGCGUGCGCGCCGGCGACGCUCGCCGAGACGCUCGCGCGUAAGCCUUUGUUGCUCGUCGAUGUGUGGUCGGUAGCGGCGACGAGUCGAGUGGCGAGCGCGGAAAUCGCGAUCGACGAGCUGCUGCGUCGACCGGAGGUGCGAUACCGCGCGGAGGUGACGGACGAGGACGGCGUCGUCGUCGGCCGAGUGCGAUUGUACGUGCGCCUCGAAGAUCGCGGCGCGCUCGACGGCGUCGUUAGCGAGCCCUCGGCGUUGAAGACGCCCCCUCCGAAACCGAAGGAACCGUCAACGGCGAUGCUGAUGUCGCCGCCGCCCGUGCCGAGCGCGCAAAAGCCGCCACCACCGGCGCCGAAAGCGCAGACGCGUCACGCGGCGCCGCCGACGAACGCGCCCGCCGAUCCGCGAGCGGGCGCGGAGUACAAGGUGGCUUACGAUCUCGAGGUGUGGAAGCAACAUCAAAUGACCAAGUUCUACGAAGAUCUCCGGAUGAAGGAGUCCGUUCGCAUGAAAAUAUUGGAAGACGAGUGGAGGCGCCACGAGACGCAACGCGCUCGAGAGGCGGAGGAAGGAGCGAAUCGUCUGCGAAUCAUGGAGAAAAAGUUGCAGGAAGCCGCAGUGGCGCUCGAAUCGCGCGAGCGAAAGCUCGUGGAGUUGGAAGAAAACUUUGAUCACAGGAAGCACAAACUCGAGCGCGAAACGUCGCGCGCUCGCGAGGAGGCGAAGGAUUCCAUUCGUCGCAACCAGGAGACGAGCGAGCACCGCGUGGAGAUGGAGAAGCAAAAGGCGCGAGAGGCGAUCCGUGAGAGAGAUUCUUUGCACAGGCGACUGGAACACGCGGAUGCGCAGUUGAUAGAACUCGAGUCAUCGUUCGCCGCGCACAAAAAGGCGCAAUUGGAGACGAACGAAGCGGCGUUGCAAGCUGAAAUUUCUCGCUUAGUACCCCGUUGCGAGGCGGCGGAGGCGCAAGCGGCGGAAGAAUCCGAGUCGAAGGAGCGGUAUAAGAAUCAGUUGACGAAAAUGGCUCGUCAAGUCGUCGCGUUGGAGCGCGAGCGAGCGCAUUUGCGUCGCGCGAUCGAGCGCGCGGGUUUGAACGUCUCGAGUCGAUCGCACGUGGCGCCGAGCGCGAACGAGUUCAUGAAUGAAAUGCUCGCAGGUGAGAACGCAGACGCGGACGCUUUCAUGAACACGUUUAGGGCGGACGUUGCAGCCGUUUCGGAUGUACCUUUUACGUCUGCGAAAGCAAAUUUCGCACGCACGGCGCCGCAAGCGCGACAAGUCAUUCGGCCUCCUCUGUCGCCAAAGCUCGACAGAGAGGUGCGCGAUUUCGAGCAUGAAUUCAGCGAAUCGGAGAAUAAGGCGCCGUUUGUGCCCAAAUACGCGACAAGUGACGCGACAUUGAACGAAAAGCGUGCGGCAGAGAAGGAGGUGCGCCGUCUGGUGUCAGAACGUGGGGACUUGAUGAGAACGGGCAUGUACGGAAGCGGAGACAAGAUCAUCGCGCUCAUCGAUGAGCGCAUAGAAGAGCUCACGGAUAGAAUAGCGAGCAGCGUAUAA